ACCAGAGUUUUUAGUGCUCUCACUUUCCUCCGUUCCUUUCACCUCGUAUUUUUCUAGAUAGAAAAAACUCCCAGUACCACGACUCAACUGACCGAACUGACUACGUGAUUUUCAGGAAAGCUGCCGCGGCCGCUGUUUGGUGAGCCGCGUUAAGGGAGAAAGAGAUCUAUGCGAAUCGAUCGAGCGCCAUCAAAAGCAGAUCACAUCUCUCAUGCUGCCAGAUUACUCACCGUGCUCGCGACCGCCAGCAAUCCUCGAUCGAAACAGGCUACACAGUGACGAAGAACGAAUCUCUCUUUGUGCGAUCACGCGGCCGGCUACCUUACGGUGUACAACCAAGACAAACUCUUUACAUCGCGUCAUCGCGUCCCCCUUGGCUCCAUGGACCACCACACCCAAUGGGGGGGUUUUUAAACAAAACAAAGCGGGGGGGCCGCUGACGUGUCUGAGAGCCCACGUGGAUUUUCCCGGCAAGUGGCCAACUUGGCCGCGAAAAUGGUCAAAAUCUCCCCGUCCGCUACCUGGGCUUGCGCCACGUGGACGCAUUGGACGAAGGGAUGCUGUGGCCCAUGCCCGACUGUACACACGCGCCAAGGGGGCCCAUGUCCGUACUGUCCCAUAUGCUAGUACACGUGGGGACUGGGGGGGUUGGAUGUCCGUGUCGCGAUAUCUGAUUAACGACUAAUCUACUCUUUUAUCAUA